ACAUAAAUUAGUUGUUUUACAGAACGGGGAGAGUCUUACAUAGCGAGCAAGUUGCGUAUAAUAAAUAAAGAACACCAGAAUGUGAAUCAAGGAUGUUUUAUAUCGUUUCUGUUCGUUCGCGCAAGUCUAAAGUAAAGUGUUUUGCCGUAUGGUAACUAUGACUACGCUUAAAAGGAGACACCAAUAAUACGUAUGCGUAUCACAAACUUUGUUUCGACGAAAUCGAAGAAAAUUCCAAAGGAAUCGAUCAGUGAUACUAAAAAAAAAUCCUCCGUAUCGCGUUAGAAUGAACGACAAAGACGAUAGCGCUUGGGUCUUCGAUUCCCUGAUUGGUUUUCUUCAGGGUCCAAUUUGGUCCGCGCCUCUGAUCACUUUCAUCGAAGAGAAGUCGCUCAUAUUUGAAGCGGACGUCGAGGAAAACGAUGAGUAUCAAAAGAUAUAUCAGGAGUACAAAAAUCUGGUGGACUUAUUGCUUGGUUGUUUCAUGGAAGACAUGGGGAUCACUCCAGAGCAAUUCGAGUACGCUUGUACAGUGAAUAAGUAUACAAAAAUGCCUAUACAAUUCCAACAGAACUUGUUCGAGCAAAUAUGGGCGGCGAACGAGUACGAGAUAUUCAAAAGAAUGAUGAUUCAAAAGAAUCUAGAGCUUCAACUGCAAGCUUUGAAUAUGAUCGAGCAGAAGUAUGGUCUUACACCUGCAUCUUUCAUGUAUGAAGCAGGUGUAUUGAACGAAGAUCCUUUAGUCAUGGAAGAAAUCAUUCAAAAACACGUUUUGGAGAAUGAUUCGGAAGAAGACCAGAACAUAUCGUCGGAAACUUCGUUGAUCAAAGAACAUGAGCGUUUAACAGCUAAAUAUAACAGCGAACGAGCAUUGUUAGCAGAAGCUCUAAAAGCGUCCCAAGAGGAAAAUACUCCCGAAAGGGAUCGUACACGGUCAUUUUUAAGGGAAGAAGAUGAUGAAAAAGAAGAAGACGACGAAAGCAAAAUCAAAGAGAAAGACGAAGAGAAGGAGGAGGAGGAGGAAGAGGAGGAGGAAGAAGAAAAGAAGGAAGAAGCAGAUAUUCCAAGGUUCCCUAAAGUGGUUCCUCUUGAUUCUAUGUCCACGGACGAAUCAAAAUCAGAAGGACCAAAUAUAUCGGAAGAAGACGUAAGAAAGAGGCAGGCGUAUUUAAAAGCCAGACGCGAUAAAUUGGUAGCUUUGAAGAAAGAAGCAAGAAGUCAACGAUUGGAAAUGAAUCCAUCGAGGCCGAGCUCCGCGAGAUCGGUAGCGGAAGCCACGAUCAAAGGAGAACAAGAACUAAAAUUAUCGGAACCUCUGGAACCGUCCAUAUUGCAAGUACGUAAAGUACUCGCUGCUCGCCUCCAAGCAGAGGUAGUGCGUAAGCAAACGAGCCAAUAAUAACGAUUCUCUAACACGAAAGAGAUCGGGACGGCGGUGUUUUAUCCAGAUAAAAUGCAGAUAUUUUAUCCUUUCUUUUUUUUUCUUUUUUUUCUCCUUUUUUUCUGAUAAAUCUCAUGCACAGCGAACUUUUAUACAGCUGCAUCAGCUUUUCUUUUUAUAGACGUCACGUUGUAGUAUUAAGAUAGCGAAGAAGUUUACAAGGAUACAACGUUUACACACAUUGAAAGAAUUAAAAUGAUCAAACCUAGUAGCAGAGUAAGACUAAAUGAGUAUGUUUAACAAGAACAAAGGGAGUAUAAGUCGUUUCUUUUUUAUACAAUUCCAAAUGUUUACUGUAUCGUUUUUCUUCCUUCUUUUGUUUAAAUAAGUCUGACGAACAUCGUUACAGUUUGGGUAUAAGUAUAUCUUCGCUUGUGAAUACCGAUAAAAUGAUAAACAAUUUUUUAAGGUCACUUGCAUUAUGUUCUCUCAGUCGUUCGAUGAAUUUCGCACGAUCACCAUGCAUCAUCGGCACUAGUUUUACUCGUGAGAGAAAUUUCAUAAUCUGGAACAUGAAAAAAAGUAAAAAAAGAGCAUAGAAUUCUUCUUGUAAUAGCAAUUUGUAUAGAUCUUUAAGAGGAUACGAGUGAUAUGAAUGAAAAAAAAAAAAAAAAAAAAAAAAAAAAGAAUAA